UAUUGUCACAGCUGAAAGAUCGUGUACUGUACCUCUGUCUUCUGUCUGCACAAGAUUGAGCCCAAUGCUAGAGAAAUAAGCUCCUUAAUUAAAGUGUAUCCUUCAUCGAAUACAACAUAUAGCCCAGAAUUUGAGCAUUCAAAAAGAAGGCCACUUUAAAAUUACAAUGAGGUUUGUUUUGUAGCUGCUGUCAGCUGUGAAGGGGUUGAGAUGGCUCAGUCCAGCCUGUCUGUGGAGUCCCUCUGUCUAGAGACACAGAAUGGCAGCCCUGCAACGGACCCAGACAGUGGAGAUGAGUGGGACACUGACCUUGAGCUCAACGACGGUAAGGAGACUAGAAGAAGUGUCUCUGCUCGUGAGCUCUACCUGCAGGCCUGCAGGCUGGUUGGUGUCGUGCCAGUCUCUUAUUUUCUGCGUAACCUUGGAAACACAAACCUCAACCUUAACCACCAUGGGCUUGGGCCUCAGGGAGCCCAGGCCCUGGCAAUAGCACUUGUGAGCAACAUGACGAUCAUAACCCUUGAACUGGAAGACAACUGUUUGUUUGCAGAGGGAACAAAAUAUCUGGCAGAGAUGAUCAAAGGAAGCUGCACUAUUCAGAAUCUGAAUCUUUCCAAUAACCACCUGAAGUCCGCAGGCGCUAUCUACAUGUCCAAAAUGUUGUUGGACAAUAUCUCCCUCAGAACCAUAAAACUCUCAGGAAAUGAGUUCAGAGAAGAAGAUGCAAAAUGUUUUACAGAUGCCUUGUCUAACAAUUACAGAGUGAAGGAGCUAGACUUGAGCCACAACGAGUUCAGUGAGAAGGGAGGGGAGCACUUGGGCCAGAUGCUAGCAAACAAUGAAGGAUUGGAGAUGCUGAACCUGAGCUGGAAUCGUCUGCGUAUGAAGGGCGCAGUGGCACUGUGUGCAGGGCUCAAGGUCAACAUCACACUGAAAUACUUGGAUCUGUCCUGGAACGGCUUUGGGAAUGAGGGGGCUCUUGCUCUGGGGGAGGCUCUAAAAUUCAACAACACCCUACUGCACCUGGACCUCAGCAACAACCGGAUCACCAACGAGGGCGUCGGCCUGCUCUGUAAAGGGCUGGUGGCUAACGACACACUGAAAGUGCUCAGGAUGGCCUACAAUUCUCUCACUGUUGAGGGAGCGCUGGCCCUGGUCACUGCAGUGAAGAACACCCCCAAAUCUGCGCUGGAGGAGAUCAAUAUCUCGAAUGUGCUGGUGAAUGAGGCCUUCCUGCACCUGCUGGAGCUGACCUGUCAGGAACACCAGGCCCUGGAGGUGCUCUAUGGGGGCGUUGGGGGUUUCAUUGCCAAGAAGCUACCUCGGCGCCCAGACCCCAUGAAAGUUAUUCAGGAUUACCUGGAUGAACGUAAGCUGCGCCUCUGGGAUUUCUUCCGCAACAUCGACAAAGACGGAUCAAUGAGAGUGCCCGUCUCUGACUUCAGAAAGGCUGUACAGCAAUCCAGUAUUCCACUAGAUCGAUUUCAGAUUGAGGAGCUGGUGCAGAGACUGGACAAGGACAGGAGUGGGAAUGUAGACUACAGUUUCCUUAUCCAGCCAUAGUCAGCAGGAGAAAGACGGGCAGCAGUUCAGUAGAUGUCCGUUCCAGCAACUAAUUGUCUUCAGGAGAGGAAAGGGCAGAGGCAGAUCAGUAGAAUCUCAAGGGCUCCAAUAAAGGUUCAGUGAAACAUG